AUGCCAUUCUCAUCCCCAUCAUCUACCCACACCACAGGCUGUGCAAACUUUCUGGAGAACCACACAUUGGCUUUCAUACGUCUGAAGGAGGCCGUUCAUCUGGAUUCAGUCAUCGAAGCUCCUCUUCCUAUCAGGUUCAUGUUCAUCCUUCUUGGCCCCAAGAACGCCACCACCAGCUACCAUGAAGUGGGGAGGGCUGUGUCUAGCAUGAUGGCUGAAAGAGUGUUCCGCACAGAGAUGUACCUUGCUGGUGGCCGUGAGGAUCUUCUCCAAUCUCUAGAUGCCUUUUUGGAUUGUUGUAUAGUUCUUCCUCCCACUGACUCAACAAAUGAACAGCUACUGAAGGAUCUGGUACCAGUUCAGCAGAACCUGCUUAGGAAGAGAUACCAGUCGGUGAAAAUUGUGCCAGGUGGACACAAAGAUCUAAAAAAAGAGGAGCCCCAAGAAGACCCCCUGCAGAGAACAGGAAAGCCUUUUGGUGGUCUGGUUCGUGACAUCAAAAGACGUUACCCCAAGUACCUCAGUGACAUACGUGAUGCUCUAAACCCGCAGUGUCUGGCUGCUGUCAUCUUUAUCUACUUUGCUGCCCUCUCCCCUGCCAUCACUUUUGGAGGUUUAAUGGCUCAGAAAACACAGAAAUGGAUGGGUGUCCCAGAGCUGAUGGUGUCUACAGCUAUUCAGGGUAUUCUCUUCUGUCUCCUUGGUGCCCAGCCUCUACUUAUUCUAGGUUUCUCUGGACCUCUUCUGGUGUUUGAGGAAGCUUAUUUUAACUUCUGUGACAGCCAAGGCAUUGAAUACAUUGUGGGUCGUGUGUGGAUUGGAUUGUGGCUGAUUCUGAUUGUCAUCAUUGUUGUGGCCUGCGAAGGAAGCUUCCUGGUGCGCUUCAUUUCCAGAUUCACACAGGAGAUAUUUUCCUUCCUGAUCUCACUCAUUUUCAUCUAUGAGACGUUUGCCAACGUAGCCAAGAUCUUCAUAGCACAUCCUCUCAUACAGUCCUAUAAUGUAUCCGUAGUGUUGUUACCAGACCAUCCCCAACCAAACACAGCUCUGCUCUCUCUCGUUCUCAUGGCUGGAGCCUUCUUUAUUGCCUACUUCCUGCGUCAGUUCAAGAACAGUAGCUUCUUCCCUGGCAAGCUCCGUCGUAUCAUUGGAGACUUUGGUGUCCCUAUUGCCAUUCUUGUCAUGGUGUCAAUUGAUUUCUUUAUUAAGGAUACAUACACAAAGAAACUGUCUCUUCCCAAGGGUCUUAGUGUUUCCCGACCUCAAGAUCGAGACUGGUUCAUCUCACCAUUGGGACUAAACACUACCAUUAAUCCUUUCCCUAUCUGGAUGAUGUUUGCCUCUAUAGUCCCUGCCUUGCUUGUCUUCAUCCUCAUCUUCAUGGAAUCUCAAAUUACCACGCUCAUCGUCAGUAAACCAGAGAGGAAAGCAGUGAAGGGCUCUGGAUUCCACUUGGAUCUCUUGCUGAUUGUGGGAAUGGGUGGUGUAUGUGCCCUCUUUGGAUUACCUUGGCUCAGCGCCACAACAGUGCGUACAGUCAGCCAUGCCAACGCUCUCACCAUCAUGUCAAAAGGAGAAAAGCCUCAGAUAGAGCGUGUUAUCGAACAAAGGGUCAGUGGACUGCUGGUGGCUCUUCUUGUGGGUCUUUCAAUCUUAAUGGAACCAGUUCUGUCCCUCAUCCCAUUGGCCGUUCUUUUUGGUAUCUUCCUGUACAUGGGUGUCACCUCUCUGAGUGGAAUACAGCUGUUUGACCGGAUCUUGCUUACUCUAAAGCCUCCUAAAUAUCACCCAAAGGAGUCCUAUGUCACUAGGGUAAAGACUUGGCGCAUGCACGUCUUCACUCUGAUCCAGAUGAUCUGCCUGGUGGGGCUGUUUGCAGUAAUGUUAACCCCUGCCUCUCUGGCUUUGCCCUUCCUCCUCAUCCUCACCGUGCCACUCCGCAAAUUCCUUCUUCCCAAAAUCUUUAGCAGCCUGGAACUCAAGUGUUUGGACGCUGAUGACGCCUCUGUCAUUUUAGAAGAAGAAAAUGGUCAAGAUGUCUACCACGAAGUUCAAAUGCCUGUUUAA